UAUGAAUAAUUCUGUCAUUCUCAUUUUCAUACUUAGCGCCUCUAAACAAUCAAAACACGAAAACUUGUGUGUGUAUAUGAACCAACGACAUUUUAUUCGGCGCAAAAGUCACUUGCUAUAAGCUUAGGGCAAAAAAAAAAAAAACACUGAUUCUCAUUUUCUCUCUCCUCUCUUCCAUUGAUAAUCAAGCAUGGUGGACGCCAUGGAAGAUCUCAGAGCGCACCUUCAUCGUGUUCGAAUCCCUGAACCAACCAAUCGCAUCUUCAAACAAGAAUGUUGCGUUUCUUUUGAUACUCCGAAAUCGAAAGGUGGUUUAUAUGUGGAUAUGAGUUCUUUCCUUGCGUUUGGGGAAGAUUUUGUGGAUUGGAACUACCAGAAGACCGGGAAUCCAGUUUAUCUUCAUAUUAAGCAGACAAAGAAGGUGGUUUCAGAAGAAGACAGGCCUUCUAAAAAGCCAACUAUAUUGGCCAUAGGUGUGGAAGGGGGUUUUGGUAGCGGUGAACCUCAAUAUGAAGAAUCAUGUAGCAUCAUUAUCUUGCCACACUAUGCUAGUCUUCCGUUUCCCUCAGUUGUGUUGCCGGAAAAGGUAAGGUUGGCAGCUGAUGCUAUUUUAUUGGCCGAGGGUGUUGAGCGGAAAGAGCAAGUUUCAGCCUGGGUAGCUGAGAAGCAAGCCAGUGCAUACGCCAUGAAUCUGCCACAGAUCGACAAUGACAUUAUUGUUCCUCCAUCUGGGUGGAAAUGCGCAAAGUGUGAUAAAACAGAUAAUCUUUGGUUAAAUCUAACAGAUGGAAUGAUCCUCUGUGGUAGAAAAAAUUGGGAUGGAACUGGUGGUAACAACCAUGCCAUUGACCAUUACAAUGAGACAAAAUACCCUCUUGCAGUGAAGCUUGGCACGAUAACAGCUGAUCUGGAAGCAGCAGAUGUUUUCUCUUAUCCGGAGGAUGAGAGUGUCAUUGACCCGCUUCUUCCGCAUCACUUGGCGCACUUUGGGAUAGAUUUUUCUUCAUUGCAAAAGACUGAAAUGACCACUGCGGAAAGGGAGCUUGACCAGAAUACGAACUUUGAUUGGAACCGGCUACAAGAAAGUGCAGAGGCACUUCAGCCAUUAUUUGGCCCUGGUUAUACUGGACUUGUCAAUCUUGGCAAUAGUUGUUAUCUGGCAGCAACCAUGCAAGUAGCAUAUACCACGAAUGCUUUUGUUUCUAGAUAUUUUGCAAAUCGGAGCUUGAAAAGCGCUUUUGAUGAUGCUCCUGCUGAUCCAACUGUGGACCUGAAUAUGCAGUUGACAAAACUAGGUCAUGGAUUGCUAUCUGGGAGAUAUUCAAGUCCAUCUUCAGAGAAACAGGAAGGUAUUCCUCCCCAGAUGUUCAAGACAGUUAUUGCUGCCAGUCAUCCAGAAUUCUCUACCAUGAGACAGCAGGAUGCAUUAGAGUAUUUCCUACAUCUUCUAGAGCAAGUUGAGAGGGUUAAUGCCGGGAACCCGAAAUUGGAUCCCUCGAGAAAUUUCAAAUUUGGCAUUGAAGAUCGAAUUCAGUGUCCCUCUGGAAAAGUUACGUAUAAUAGGCGAUAUGACUACAUUCUUUCUCUCAAUAUCCCAUUGCAUGCAGCUACAAAUAAAGAUCAACUAGAAGAGUUCCAGAAAUUGAAAACUCAAGCAGAAUCUGAAGGAAAAGAUAUGGCUGCAGGUGAAAUAGUUCGUCCAAGGGUGCCAUUAGAAGCCUGCCUAGCUAGCUACUCAGCUCCUGAGGAGGUGAUGGACUUCUAUAGCACUGCAUUGAAAGCCAAGGCAACUGCAACAAAGACUACUGGUCUGACGUCCUUCCCUGAUUAUUUGGUCUUGCACAUGAGAAAGUUUGUUAUGGAGGAUGGAUGGGUGCCCAAAAAGCUUGAUGUCUACAUAGAUGUACCCGACAUUAUAGAUAUCAGUCACAUGCGGAGCAAGGGUCUUCAACCUGGAGAAGAGAUUUUACCUGAAAGUACAGUUGAUGGUGAGGCAGAGUUUACUGGACCUGUAGCUAAUGAGGAUAUUGUUUCUCAGCUUCUGUCUAUGGGUUUUGGCCAACUUCUUUGUGAAAAAGCUGCCAUUAAUACUUCAAAUGUCGGAGUUGAGGAGGCUAUGAAUUGGCUACUUUCUCACAUGGAUGAUCCUGAUGAGCCUAUAUCACAUAUGUCUCAAAAAGCUCCUGCUUCUGUUGACCAAUCAAAAGUUGACACAUUAAUUUCAUUUGGUUUUCAAGAAGAAGUUGCUCGGAAGGCUCUCAUAUCUACGGGUGGAGACAUUGAAAAAGCAACUGACUGGAUUUUUAGCAAUCCUAAUGCUGCAUCCUCAUCAGACAUGGAUACAUCGAGCAGUGGCGCUGCAGCUGCUGAAGCUGAACUACCAGAUGGACCAGGAAGAUACAUGCUCCUUGGGUUUGUGAGUCACAUGGGAACUUCAACCCAUUGUGGCCAUUAUGUUGCUCAUAUCAAGAAAGACGGUAAAUGGGUGCUAUACAAUGAUGAGAAAGUUGGAGCUUCUGUCAAUCCACCGAAGGACAUGGGAUACUUGUAUUUCUUUGAGAGACUGACUGAAUGAUGAAGCUUGCAAGUCAUAAUCAGAUCAUUUAGUCUAUGAAAGAUCCAUUUCAUUGGCUCAGCGAUGGUUGAAUUGCUGUCUUCUGCUAAAAUCAAUAAUCUGGCUCCAUGACGUUGGGUUUCUGAAAUGCCAUUCAGUCCAGAACACGUCAGCAGUUCUUGCUUCAGGAAUGCAGUUCUAGUUUACAUGGCGGGGUUCAUGAAUGAUAUUUUUUGGUAUGAUCUUUGCUUAUAUUUUUCAGAAAGUAGGCCCCUUUGGAGAAUAGCCAACAAAACGUCUACCUUAGUUUCUAGUGUUCAAUCAUAGUGUAAUUGUAUUUAGGUGUCAAUCGUAGUGGAAAAUUUUAGUUCAACGCCUUGCAAUUCAACGUCGUCUGAAUCUAUUGCAUGACAUGCUGCAAUAGUCGAGACUUGAAGUUGAUUCAAGUUUGAUUCUUGCUUAGAUGCAAUUACUCACAUGUCAUAUGAAUAUUUCACCAGUGAUUGAACAGUAUAAUGAAUACACUUUUUAGUUGUCA